CCAGGGAGUUGCUCCCUCCCUCGAGCCUUAUCGAAAAGGAAGUGUUGCCGGCAAGUGGCUUCCGGUUGGCCCUGUAGGUUGGCUUCUUGGCCUGUGACGACCAACCGGCGUCAGUUUCACACCGGACCGGGUAGCAGCUGUGUUGACGUGGCUCCCGGAAGUGGGGUGGGGGGAGGAUUUGGCGCAAGGCCGUCAUGUUGUCGCAGGACAGUAAUGAUGACACUGAAGAUGUCUCACUGUUUGAUGCAGAAGAGGAGGCAACCAAUAGACCAUGGAAAUCCCAAAUCAGACACCCCGUGGCAUCCUUCUUCCAUCUGUUCUUCCGAGUCAGUGAGGUUGUAGUCUACCUCCUUUGUGAGCUGCUCAGCACCAGCUUCAUUGCCUGUAUGGUGAUGGCUAUCUUGUUACUGUCAUGUGACUUUUGGGCAGUGAAGAAUGUCACUGGUAGACUAAUGGUUGGCCUACACUGGUGGAAUCAUAUUGAUGAGGAUGGGAAGAGCCACUGGGUGUUUGAGUCCAGAAAGUCUACUCCUGAAGACAACCAAACCAUUUCUGAGGCUGAGUCAAGAAUCUUCUGGUUAGGCCUCAUUGCCUGUCUAAUCCUGUGGGUGAUCUUUGCCUUCAGUGCUCUCUUCUCCUUCAGAGUGAAGUGGCUGGCUGUGGUGAUCAUGGGUGUGGUGCUGCAAGGUGCCAACCUGUACGGUUAUAUCUGCUGUAAGUUGGGCAGUUAGAAGAACUUAACCAGCAUGGCUACUUCAUACCUUGGAAAGCAGUUUCUAAGACAAGUAAGCAUGUUUUUGAUAUGUUCUCUGGCUGACACAAUACUACUGUCAGCCCUUGACGAGGCUACCUUGUCACUGAUGGAGCAAGAUGAGAAGGACAGCCCCUACUCAAAGAGCGUGGAACCAGGGUGCUAUGCAAACCGCCAACGGUGCCUGCGCAUGAAGCCCUGGGCUGGAAGAGUCCCUGCUCCUGGGCCGGCUGGCGUACUCAGCCAGUCCUGCUUUGCUGGAGCUUGGACGGUGUUCGGGCUGCACACAGCUGUCAGACCUGGUUUUUCCGUGCUCCUCUGGCGGCUCCAGCCCCUGCAUUCCCCCGCCGCCAACAGAUUUGACUCCACUUCCAAGACCUGGCAUAACCCGCCGUCUUCACAGCCUCCACGCCACCCUGGAAAUGCUCCCAAUAACAUUGCCCUAACCGCAGUGGGAGCUUUCGUCUCCGCGUCCCUUCCUUUGAGUUCUUCUACUGACUAG